CAAUUAUCUAUAUGUUUGUACACAUGUAUGUACAUAUAAAUAACCUAAAUAAGAGUAAAUAUGUGUAUGUAAUGUUACAGAUGUUCAAAUAAAUUUGGACAAGUUCAUUCAUGAUCACGAAUUCAAAAAAUUAUUAACGCUUUCUAUUUUUUUUUAUUGAAUAUUAUCAAUAUUGUCAUUAGUUUUAUAAACUAUAUAUUGAUACAUACUCGAAACUAAAAUCGGAAAAUUAUUAUUAUUACUUGAUAAAUUUUUAAUUUUAGGUUAAGUUCUGAAAGUAAUGAUUGUUAAUUUAAAUAAUGUCAUUAUUUAACUGAAUUAAUGAUUAAAAAUAUAUUUUACUAUUGAUAAAGUUCAAUAAGAAACCUAACAGCUGAGUAUUUUUGACAUCAAAAAUUAAAUGAAACGACGUAAAUUGUUUCUCCGAAUUAGUAGCCAUAGAAAAAGUUUCAAGAUGAAUUCGCUUGAUGAAUCUGUUAUUGUGUGUGAUACUCCCAAAAUGAAUAAAUCAUCUAAGAAAAUGAAUGGAUCAGUUCAAAAAAAUUUAUCAAGUCCAGCUAGAAGACAGACCAGAUCCCAAAGAAAACCAUUGUAUCCUGUUCACAUGAGUCCUGUCAAUCGCAAAAACAUGUGCUCUAGUAAAACAUCCCAAUCAGUUACGAAAAAAAAACGUUUACACGAAGUCGAAAUUUUAUCAUCAAGGAAAAGACAAAAAACUUGUAUUAAUGAAACUAUUGUGAUAAGUGAUGAUGACGAUGAUGAUGAUAAUAAUAAUGUUAAUAAUAGUAAAAAUAAUGGCAAAAGUCAUGAAUCCCAAAUGACUAAUAAAUUGAAGGAUACUCCUGAAGUAAUUGUCAUUGAUAAUUUUACUCCUAAUGUUAAUAAUAAAAGGUUAAGGCCUCGUAAUAGUAAUGUAAAUAAUCAAGAAAUAAAGAGAAAGAAAAGAAUUGAGGAUAAAAUUAAAGAAAGAAAAAAAUUUAGGAAAAUUCAAAACAUGGAACGAACACGGAAUCGUGCUCGUAAAAAUAUUGAGGAAAAUAAGAAAAAUGAAGACGUUGCUGUCAUCUGGUCUUCAGCUAAAGAUGAUAAUACUGCACUUGAAAAUAACCAGAAAAUUAGUACAAAGAGUAAUAAUGAAACUCCACAGCUGUUUUUUGUUGAUACAAAGGGGGAUGAUUCAAUUUGCGAGAAAAUAACUUUGCUACCGAAAUCUGAAAUUUUGUAUACAGCAAAUAAAUUUACUAAAUUUGAUACAGCACCCACUACUUCUACUACUACUAGUACAACUACUAAUACUAAUAAUACAGUAACAUCAGAACAAGCCAAAAGUAAUACAUCAGAUGAUCAAAAUAAUAAACAGAUUCAUAAAUUACGAGAAAUUAUAGUCGAUGGUCUUAAUGUUGCAUUUGGGUACUCACCUGGAAGAAAAGUCUUCGAAAAAAAUGGUUUACAAUUAGUCCUAGAUUAUUUUCAGGAUCGUGGACAUGAAGUCAAAAUUUUUUUGCCACAAAUUCACCGAAAUCGUUAUCGAGGUUUUCUUGAACAGUGGCAUCGUAAAGGCUUGGUUAUUUUUACACCUAGUAGAAAUAUUGGCGGGAAAAAAAUUGUACCAUAUGAUGACAGGUUUAUUUUGGACUAUGCAACCAAAUGUAAAGGAAUCGUGGUUUCUUCUGAUCAGUAUCGGGAUUUGUGGCACGAAAAACCUGAAUGGCGUGAGACCAUUGAGAAACGAUUGCUUGCACCAACAUUCGCCGGAGAGUACGUUAUGUUCCCAGAAGAUCCACUGGGCAGAGGUGGUCCAUCGCUGAAUGAGUUUCUUAAGCAUUAAUUAUUCUAUUAAGGGAUAAAAAAUCAGAUGGGUACAAAGUUUCGUUAUUUAUUUAAUUAACGUAUAAGCGUUUUGUUUUCA